AUGUCGAGGGGGAACUCACCCCCAAAUACCAGCACACCCGGCCCGUCUCAUAGGGGACGUCAGGCGAUGCCCGAUUUACGUACCAGACCGAUACCUGCUAUCCGUAUGGCCCCGAUGGGUCCUCGGUUGGACAAUUCGUCCGGGACUUCGGCUGCGGCCGAGGGGGCCCCGAGGAUCGGUCCGGUGGAAAGUAUCUUUCCUCCGUCGACCGAUCCCUCUGGGGCCUCUCGGCCGCGGAAGAAGGCCAGGUCCGAGUCUGACCGAGGCUCAUCGGGUGACCAAGACAAGCGCCCGCGAAUAGGCCCUUCCUCCAGGUCGGAGGGAGAAGAAAGCGUGACCACAUCCACAGACCACUCCUCUACUGAGUCUGUAACUCCUUCCUCAUCCAGAUCUGCUUCCCCCUCUGGGAGUCCAAUCCCAGAUCAACCCGUACCCAAGCCUAGGGCUCCCGCCAGGACAGGGACUGCUCCUAGGCAAUUAAGAACCCCUCCUCAUUCUCCUUCCCCAAUCUUGUCCCCAAUCCCGGUGGACUCUACCCGAGGUGCCCCCGCCCUAAGCGGCACGGCGGGUAACCUGGAUUCUACCAGGUAUAUGGACCUAGAGUCCACCAGACCACAUCACGCCCCUAAGCCUAACCCCACUCCCUCUACCUCCUAUGCUGCCAUGGCAGCUAGGCCGAGUAUUCCUUCCACCCAGAGGACAUCCCAAUCCUCUCAUGUCCCUCCCCCGAGGCCGAAGGGUCGUGCCCAAGAGGAGCUGCGCCGACAUCCGCCAAUAAUGGUGGAGGCCCUCCCUAAUUGGUCCCGCCACAUGGCGGCCAUUAGGGAGCGCCUCGGUCGCGCCCCCUCGGUGCGACCCUUCGGCGCCGGCUUUAGAUUCCUGCCGACGUCGGUAGAGGAAUACAGGGCGGUCCAGGCCUACCUGUCGGAGGCCUCUGCCAGGGAUGGUACCAUAAAAUGGUACUGCUAUGCCCUGACAGGGGAGAUUCCGACUAAGGUGGCUGUCCGGGGCCUCCCUGCCGAUACUGACGCGGCAGAAGUAACCGAUGCCCUGAAGGAGCUGGGGUUUCCGGCUCGUCACGCCAGGUGCAUCAGGUCCCAGAGAGGGCGCCCGGGCUGCGUGUUUCACGUAGCCUUGGACCACCUCUCGAAGGACGACCUCGCCCGCCUGUACGCAGUCAAUGAACUGCUGUACUUGCCGGGGAACUUGGCCGAGGUGAUCUCCGGAGUGAUCCGCGAGAUCGCCUCGGGCGUUAGCCCUGUCGGGGCUAUCCUGUCGGGGUUCUACCAGCUGAUAGCGAGGCUCAAUGGCUAG